AAAAGUUCAGAAUUAUAUUACUGAAUAUCAAUUUUAUUUUAGAAUCAUCUAGAUGUGGAAUACGCUGUUGUUUUUGUUAUAAUUCUACCUAAAGCAUAUAAUAUUCUCUGCAUUUCUUAGAAAAACACGUGUUGCCUAAUCAUGUGCUUAGAGAUUCCACGGAAGUGUUGAAUGUAAUUCGCAUGGACAGGGCGGAUUAUCCCGGCAACAUGUCCGGAAGAUCACCCAGAGGAUGAUCUUCCUUUUCAUCCACAACUUUUCACACCAGGCAAGACUUUGAGGAUUUUAUAAAAGGCUAUCCGGUCCGCAUUCGUCAGUUAGGCUGCUCGUUGACUCCACCAGGACACCGUGUUAGGACAAGGCCUCUAACGGCGCAACCAUGGACGCGUGGGCCUUUCAGUUUGGAAACCUUUCCAAAGUCAGCCCCUUCGAGGGCCCACAGUACCACCUGGCCCCCAAGUGGGCUUUCUACCUGCAGGCAGCUUUCAUGGGCUUCGUAUUUUUUGUGGGCACCCCUCUGAAUGCCAUUGUCCUCUUCGUUACAAUGAAGUACAAGAAGCUCCGACAGCCUCUCAACUACAUCCUAGUGAACGUCUCCCUAGCAGGCUUCAUUUUCGACACAUUCUCUGUAAGCCAAGUAUUCCUCUCCGCUCUUAGAGGUUAUUUUUUCUUCGGUCCUACGUUAUGUGCGAUGGAAUGCGCAAUGGGAUCGAUUGCUGGUCUUGUGACGGGAUGGUCCCUUGCUGUUCUGGCUUUCGAGAGAUACGUGGUCAUCUGCAAACCCUUCGGAAGCUUCAAGUUUGGGCAAAGCCAGGCCCUCGGAGCUGUGGCGUUCACCUGGGUCAUGGGUAUCGGCUGUGCCACUCCUCCUUUCUGGGGAUGGAGCAGAUACAUUCCCGAGGGCCUCGGCACCUCCUGCGGACCUGACUGGUACACAAAAAGCGAGGAGUACAAUACAGAGAGCUACACUUACUUCCUCAUGGUCACCUGCUUCAUCUUGCCAAUUACCAUCAUCGUCUUCUCUUACUCACAGCUCCUGGGUGCCCUGCGUGCUGUUGCAGCCCAGCAGGCUGAGUCAGCCUCUACCCAGAAGGCCGAGAAGGAAGUGUCCAGGAUGAUUAUUGUAAUGGUUGGCUCUUUUUUGGUUUGCUAUGGCCCUUAUGCCAUAUCUGCCAUAUACUUUGGCUAUGCUGACGAUGCAAACAAGGAUUACCGUCUGGUCGCCAUCCCCGCUUUAUUCUCAAAGAGCUCCUGCGUAUACAAUCCCCUAAUCUACGCCUUCAUGAACAAACAGUUCCAUGCCUGCAUCAUGGAGACGGUAUUUGGCAAGAAGAUUGAUGAGGCCUCAGAGGUUUCCAGCAAGACCGAAACCUCUUCUGUGGCCGCAUAAAUUAUUCCACACCACAUUUACAUCUUGUCUGGACCUGUUUUCCUGUUAUCCUCCCCCUGAUUGUUCAAAUCCCGUACCUUUACACAUUGUCAAGAGCCAAGGGAGCCCCUUUGUCCCGAAGACACAGCCCGCUGGAUGGCCAAACCGGGUGAAAUAUCCUACCAUCCUUCCUGUGCAGAACUGGUACAUCUUCAAAUACGUCUUUUAUUUAUUUUUUGUAAUGAAAACACUGCUAUUUCAUGUUAAAACAAUGCAUUAUGCAUUGAUGAUGAAGUAGAAUAUUUAAUUUUCAACUCGCAAAAGAAAAUCUAAAAAAAAAAAAAGAAAGAGAGAUAAUAAUAUGAGACAUCCUCUCGUGUGAAUGGACUUGUGCAAACUGAAAAUGGAAAUUCCUGAUGCAUUGUAGUGGCAGUUUUUAUUCAAUCACAAUGAGAACUGAAGGAAACUAAGCAUUGAGAAUUUUCUAAAACCCCAUACCAAUCAAAUGUGUUCAUUUCGACAAAAGAGCAGAAUGUAACUAAGCGGUUUAUUCUCCUCUAAAGAACUUACUAAGGGACCAGCCUUCUGGCUGGCUUAGCCAAGAUAUAUAAGUUCACAAGGAAUUAUCCAAGUCCAUCCGCUUGUUUGCAGCUGAGGAACCUUUCAUUGGAAGUUUGCUGGUAACAAAUCAUGAGUGACAGCUCCUGUCCAAUCUCAUGGCUUCAUGAUGUCGGAUCUCUAUACGUAUCAACAUUACUUCUGUACAUGUUCUGUUGUAAUUAGACAUACAGUGUGCAUGAAUUUGUACAUGUUCGCUGUUUUUAGAAUUAAUAAAGAUUUAAUAAAGAUA